AUGGCAAUGGCUAUUAGACGCCGCUUUCGCUCCUCCUCUACAGUUCUGGAAAUGAACGGCGAGAGAUACACUACGAGCAUCCAUCAGUCCUAUCCUGUGUCUCCGGGACUGACUUCCUCCGCCCCUUCCACGCUUGGCACAACUUCCGAUUACGUCGAGAUGGCCAGGCAAUUCUGGGACGGCCUCGAGCAAACCUCGAGUGAAACUGGCAAAAUGGGCCAAUUGGGAGAGAGCUGGUCUCUCCGAAAGUUUUGGGACGAAUAUGUGGCAGUGGAAAUGGAGUUCGGGUACAAUGUUCGGGACCAUGUCACGAAUGAGGAGACAUUCAUCGGUUGGUUCGACUUGGGACUUGGAAUGGCAAGCUUCGGCUUGGUCGUGCUGCAGUUUGGCAUUCUGAACGGGCGACUUAUUGACUCGCCGCACGCCACGCGUUUGGGAAAAGCAAUGGCGUGCAUCAGUUUUAUUCUCGCCAUCCUCUGUGUGGUCGUCGGUGCCUAUCGCUUCUUUCGCCAGCAAAAAGCACUCGUUCAGGGGCAGAUCUGUAUUGGGGGUUUGUCCAUGUUCUCUGCUGUGAGUUUAUACAUUAUGGUAUUGGUGGCCAGCAUAAUCAUCAGUUGGAUAGAUGUACUAUAG